AUGGCUAAAUCGGAUCUUGAGCGUUUACGAGAUUAUUUCGAUGCCACAUCGAAACUCGAAGUCGAGAAGGCAAAGUCACUAUUUCACGAAGAUAUCGUCAUUGAGGCACCCUUCACACCCAAGUUAAUCUCUGCUGCGGUCCCCAAAAGAAUGGAAGGACAGCAAGCAGCAUUUGCCAUGUACGACAGUCUUCCCAAGAUGGUCACACCGUUGAAUUUCAGCAACAUUCAAAUUUAUCCUUUGCAGGAGCCGGAAGAGUUUCUGGCAACGUAUCAGAGUUCUGCGACAAUGCUAGCUACCAGUUUGCCCUACAAGCAAAGCUACAUCUCAAGGUUUCGGUUCAAAGACGAGAAAAUUAUUCUGAUCGCCGAAUACUACGACGCCAUUACCUUGCUAACAGCCCUUGGCGGUUCCGUCAAGCUAGGCUAG